GCCAUCUGGUGGUGAUUUGUGAGUAGGAACUUAAUUAGAGAAUAACUGUUCUACUCGAUGCUUUUUGGAUGACGCAAUCAUUAAGCGAGGGAGAAGAAAAGGCGAGCGAGCGGUCGGAUGGUAGCUAACUCCGUGCUGCUCUUUUUUGUUGUUCAAACUCCUAAAAAGACUGCAUUAAGAAGUUUGGAGAAGAACUUUUUAGCUCCUUGUGGAUGUGAGCCCACGAGUUCUCACGGGUUGCCAAGGCUUUUCAAGAGUUGUCAAGAGCGAAUUAAACCCUGUUUUUUAAUCAAACUUCGUGUCGUGCUCGUUGCAACAUCCGGAGGGAGCUUCAGUGAGAACUCUCCAACUCCGACGCAUGGUUUGAUGAGGAAGACUGUGCCAGGGCGAGUGAGAGCUGUUCAACUCGGCGCAUGGUUUGACGAGGAAGGCGGUGCCAGAGCGAGAGCGAACGACCAUCGUGCCGCCAUCUUAAAUGACGACGUGAACUCCACCUUCACGAGUGUGACAAGAUAAGCCACUUUUGAAAACAAUCUUGAGUCAUUUCAUGGUGUAAAAAAAAAAAAAAAAAAAGAGAAACAUUUGUUGUCAAAGGACUGUAAUAUAACGUAUUCACUAUUUCAUACACUGUUUUAUUCAAUGUUAUAUGUGAGUUUAAUUGUUUUUCCAUUCAUUUUUGGGGUGAUUUAAAUAGCAAAUGUUUAAUUGCUUUAGAAAUAAGAAGUUAUCGUGUGUAAGGUGUAAUUGUUGACUAAUGUAUGUGUAACUAUAUUUCUUGAAAUUGAAUCUUUAAUUUCCAUUUGAAAAUAAGGCAGUUUACUGUGUAUGUAAAUUCUAGCAGUAAUUGUAAGUGACAAAACAUUUUCAAAAUAUAGCCAAUUCAAAUAUUGCGUUUUUUCACAAUAAGUUUCAAGCAAAUCAAACGUAAGUCAAACUAAUAAUGGCAACGUUUGAGUCUCGGUCAAAAAGCAGAGAUAGUGAUAUUGAGCAACCACUUUCAAGUGAAGGUGCCAAAAUUGACGUACUUACAACUCAACAAGAGCAACAAAGGAGCCAAAGAACCCGCAAGCUGACGGAAAAGGGCCAAGAGCUGCACGAUGAGCUUGUAAGUAAAGCUACACGUCGAUUUGGUGUUUUCUACGCAAAGUGGAAAGAUGCUGCUAAGGAUGCUAAGAAAGCCUUGAAUGAAGGAUGCUCAGAAGAUCUCUUGCGUGAAAUUGUAAACAAUGUUACGGAAGUUUCAAAAAUUGUGAACACAACUUAUGAUGAGUUAAGACGCAUUGAUUUUCCUGAUAAUGACACAAGACGAAGAAUGGACACAUGUGAAGCAGUGACGAAGACAAUUAUUCAAUCUGCUGAAGAGUGUUUAGAAAUGAAAAAAAUGGGAAAUUACGAAGAAAAAGUAAAAACAGAAUUUGCGUUCAGUUCUGCAAAUUCUGAAAUGAUGAGCAUCAAAUCAUACAUCACAAAGUCUUCAAGUCACUCGAAGGUUUCAAAACGUUCUAGUCUGAGUUCUGCUAAAAGACAAGAUGCAGCUGCUGAAGUUGCAGCCAAUGAAGCAGUCUUGGAAGUUCUGCUUGAACAAGAAAGCCAUAUUAAAGAAAUGGAAAGACAAGAAGCAGAAAUAGCAGAAAGGCAAAGAAUGUUAGAAGCAAAGCGAAGAGAACUAGAGCGGCUAGAGACUAUCAAGAAGCUGAAAGCAGCUAAGGCAAGACAACAAGUAUAUGAGCAAAGCGCAUGUUCAGAUGAAGAAAUACAUGAGCUGCUUCAUUCAAAUUUCAAGCAACAAAAUGAAGUAAAAUCGAAUAUAAGUGAUUCACAUUGUAAAUCCUGCUCAUCAACUCAAAAUGUGUCUCAUCCAAAUCAAGAAAUAAGUACUAAAGAGCUUGUCAAAGUCAUUGCUGAGUCAAUAAGUUGUAGUCGACUUCCUGUACCGGAACCAGCAAUGUUCAGUGGGGAUCCACUCAGAUAUAAAGACUGGAAAAAUUCCUUUAAGACUCUCAUUGACAGGAAAAAUAUUCCAGCUGAAGAGAAGACAUAUUACCUGCGGAAAUAUGUGAGCGGACCUGCCAGAAAAGCCAUAGAUAGCUACUUUCUGUUGGGCACAGAAUCAGCCUACAAUGCUGCAUGGGCAGUCCUUGACGAAAGGUAUGGCAAUCCAUUCCUUAUAUCCAAAGCAUUCAGAGACAAACUUGAUGCAUGGCCAAAAAUAAGCACAAAGGGCAGUAUAGAGUUACAAGAGUUUGCUGAUUUUCUUCGAAGUUGCAAGGCAGCCAUGUCAGAGAUUAAAGGACUUGAAAUACUCAAUGACUGCAAUGAAAAUCAAAAGAUGCUGUCAAAGCUGCCAGACUGGCUUACAUCAAGAUGGAAUCGGAAGGUGACUGAAACACAAGAGCAAAGUCAAACAUUUCCAAGCUUCAGCCAGUUUGUUGAGUUCCUCAACAUUGAAGCAAAAAUUGCAUGUAACCCCAUAACAUCUCUCCAUGCUCUGAAACCAAGUGAAGCUGAUAAGAUAAAAGUCGUUAAAAGCAGAAACUACGAAACAAAGGUUUUGGCAACUAACACAAAUGAAAAGACUUUCAAUGUAAGUUGCAUCUUCUGCGAGAAAGCUGGCCACAGCCUACAGAAGUGUUGGAAGUUCAUGAACAAACCAAUCAGUCAAAGACUUGCAUUAGUCCAAGAAAAGAAGUUAUGCUUUGGAUGCCUAAAGUCUGGCCAUCGCUCAAAGGAUUGUGAAGGAAGAGAAACAUGCGACACUUGCAGUAAAAAACACCCAACCUGUCUUCAUGACGACCAAGCGAAAGAAGUGAGAGUGCAAGCAAGGACCAAAAAGACAAACAGUAGUAACACUUCAAAUUCAAGACAAACAGAAUGUGCACCAAACGACAAUAAUAUUCCACAAACAAGUGCAGCAACAUCUAACAGAAUUAUGCAAAAUGAUGAAGACACUCAUACGUCUUCCAUCAUCCCAGUAUGGCUGUCAAAUGAAAAGGAGCCAGAGAAUGAAGUUCUUGUGUAUGCACUUCUUGAUACACAAAGUGACACAACUUUCAUACUUGAGGAAACUGCAAGAUCUCUGAACACCACGCUUCAACCAGUCCAACUAAAGCUCACCACAAUGUCUACAAGAAAUGCCGUGAUAGCUUGUCACAAGAUAUCUGGUUUGCAAGUGAGAGGAUUUUAUUCAAAUAAAUUAAUUCCUCUACCUGAUUCUUAUGCAAGGGAUUUCAUUCCAGCCAACCUUGAUCAUAUUCCAACUCCAAAAACAGCUAAGGUUUGGCCUCAUCUUGAGCAUAUCGCAAAUGAAAUCGCUCCUUUACAAAGUUGUGAUGUUGGCCUUCUGAUUGGCUACAAUUGCCCACAAGCACUUGUUCCCCGAGAAAUAGUUUCAGGGAAAGAAAAUCAACCAUUUGGGCAAAGAACAGAUUUGGGAUGGAGUAUAGUUGGCUUCGGCAAUCCAAGUCUUGAUUAUGGCGAUGCAAUCGGUGUAAGCCACCAAAUCAUCGUGAAGCAAGUAAUGCCAAGCAUUCAACCAUCUUCAAGUCUCACCAGUCAAGUCCACUAUGUCUGUAGAACUCAGAUAAAAGAAAUGGUCACGCCUGCAGAUGUCAUAAAGAUGCUGGAGUCAGAUUUUGUUGAAAAAACUACACAGGACAUACAACUCUCACAAGAAGACAUCAGAUUUAUGGCAAAAUUGAAAGAAGGUAUCAAACACAAAGAAAAUGGACAUUAUGAGAUGCCACUUCCAUUCAAAAAUGAAAAACCUGAUUUACCCAACAACAAAGAAUGUGCCAUCCAUCGUCUCAGAUGCUUGGAAAGAAAGCUGAAAAGAAACAUGCAGUUUUACAAGGACUACAAAAAGUUCAUGGAUGAAAUCAUAGCCCAUGGCGACGCUGAAAGAGUUCCUGAAAAAGACAGUGAUAAGACACCAGCUUGGUAUAUCCCACAUCACGGGGUGUAUCAUCCACAAAAGCCAGGUAAAAUUCGUGUCGUCUUUGAUGCCUCCGCCAAAUUCAAAGGUACCUGUCUAAAUGACCAUUUGUUGACAGGCCCAGAUUUAACCAACACCUUGCUUGGAGUCUUAUGUCGUUUCCGUAAAGGUCAUGUGGCGUUUAUGUGUGACAUUGAACGCAUGUUCCAUCAGUUUCAUGUGUGUGCCAAUGACCAGGACUAUCUAAGAUUCUUGUGGUGGGAGAAUGGCGAUGUGGAAGCACCGGUUGUCAUUUACCGGAUGAAAGUACACCUUUUUGGUGCAGCUUCCUCCCCCGGUUGCGCCAAUUAUGGACUCAAGCACCUAGCCUCUGAAGGUGAAGGACAUUUCAGUGACGACACCAUCAAGUUCAUUAAAACCAACUUCUAUGUCGAUGAUGGGUUGGCAAGUGUUGACACUGAACCUCAGGCUAUUGAGCUAGUAAAAGAGGCACGUGAGCUAUGCAGCAAAGGCAAACUUCGUUUGCACAAAUUCAUCUCCAACAGCACCAAAGUCCUAGCUACACUCCCAAGUGAAGAAUGUGCUGUAGCAGCCAAAGACUUGGAUAUGGCACUAGGUGAAAUGCACAUAGAAAGAGCGCUUGGCGUGCAGUGGUGUGUUGAGUCGGAUGAGUUUCAAUUCAGGAUUGUCGUCAAGAAAAAUCCACUCACACGAAGAGGAGUUUUGUCCACAGUUGCGUCAGUAUUUGACCCACUGGGAUUUGUGUCGCCCUUUAUCCUGCUGGGAAAACAGAUCCUGCAACAAAUGUGUCGGGAUAAACUCAGUUGGGAUGACCCCUUACCAGACAGUUUGAGACCUCAUUGGGAAUCAUGGCUUCUUGACCUACAAAAUCUGGUGAAAGUUAAAGUCCAAAGAUGCUACAUACCAUCAAGCUUCAAGGUUCAGCACUAUGAACUCCAUCAUUUCUCCGAUGCAAGUGUAUCUGGAUAUGGAAUGUGUUCCUACCUUAGAGCAGUAAGCACAGCUGGAGAAGUUCAUUGUUCCUUAGCAAUGGGGAAAUCAAGAGUGCCACCUUCUAAGGUCACAACCAUACCACGACUUGAGUUGUCAGCAGCUGUAGUGGCUGUUCGCACUGGUGACAUGUUGAAAAGAGAGCUGGAAAUUACACUGUCAAAAGAAGUGUACUGGACAGACUCCAAAGUUGUACUCGGGUACAUCAACAAUGAAGCCAGAAGAUUCCACGUUUUUGUUGCAAACCGUAUAGAACGUAUCAAACAAAGUACAGAGUCAACGCAAUGGAGCUAUGUGGUCUCUGAAGAAAAUCCAGCAGAUCAUGCGUCAAGAGGGUUGACAGCAGAACAGCUCCAAAGAUCAAAUUGGUUCACAGGCCCUGCUCUUCUCUGGCAGAAAGUUGUGCCCAGUGUUGAAGUCAAGGUGGGAGAGCUAUCUGUUUGUGACCCAGAAGUUAAAAAUGUUCAAGUUCUGAGCACUCAAGCAAAUGAACAAAGGUCACUUCUUGAUCGCCUUUGCAAAUUUUCCAACUGGUCAAGAAUGAUUAAAGCUAUUGCCAGACUUACACGAUUCCUGAAGGACAAAAAGAAUCCCAGGAAAGGAUCCAGUCAAGCAAGUACUCUUCAAGACAGAAAGGAAGCAGAGGUACUGAUCUUAAAACUGGUCCAAGACACAGCAUUUUCUCAUGUUAUGCAGUCGCUUAAACAUUCAAAGACAAUGCAGACUGAAGACAAAGUCAACAAGCUGCACAAGUUAUGCCCAUUCAAAGAUGACCAAGGCAUUCUUCGAGUUGGAGGACGUCUUACACAUGCCACUUUAGAUUCUCACGUUAAGCAUCCAGUGAUUCUUCCAAGAAAAGGUCAUGUGUCAUCGCUGCUUGCUAAACAUUAUCAUGAAAGAGCAUACCAUCAAGGAAGAGGUAUCACAGUAAAUGAACUUCGUUCCAAUGGCUAUUGGAUUCUCGGUUGCAGUAAGCUUGUAUCAUCACUCAUCUUCAAAUGUGUGAAGUGCAGAAAAUUCAGGAGACGCACAGAACAACAGAUAAUGGCAGAUCUCCCUGAAGAACGAAUGGAGACCAGUCCACCGUUCACAUAUUGUGGGAUGGACUCCUUUGGUCCUUUCUACAUCAAAGACGGUAGAAAGGAGUUGAAGCGCUAUGGUUUGGUAAUCACCUGCAUGUGUUCCCGAGCCAUACAUAUUGAAAUGCUGGAAGAUUUGAGUACAGAUGCCUUUAUCAACGCCCUACGUGCAUUCAUUGCCAUUCGAGGUCCAGUUCGACAGAUAAGGUGUGAUCAAGGCACAAAUUUCAUCGGUGCCAGAAAUGAGUUUGUGGACGCAUUCAAAGAAAUGGAUCAAGGCCAAUUGGAAAGACUUGAAUGCGAAUUUGUCAUGAAUACCCCAGCAUCAAGUCAUAUGGGAGGUGUAUGGGAACGGCAAAUUCGCACGAUAAGAAGCGUGCUUGGAUCCAUCCUCGAACAAUCUGGAAAACAACUAGAUGGGCCAUCACUCCGCACAUUCCUGUAUGAAGUAAUGGCAAUUGUCAAUAGCAGACCACUUACAACGGACCAUCUGUGUGAUCCAUCAGGCCCAGAACCCCUAACACCGAACCACAUACUCACGAUGAAAUCAACGAUCAUUGCACCACCUCCAGGGAAAUUUGUAAGAGAGGAUCUUUAUCUUAGAAAAAGAUGGCGUCGUGUUCAGCUCUUAGCAAAUACUUUCUGGACGAGGUGGAGAAAGGAGUAUGUCCUCAAUCUUCAAAGAAGACAGAAAUGGACUAAGGAACGCAGAAAUGCCCAAGUCAAUGAUAUUGUGCUUCUACAAGAUGACUUAAGCGCACGCAACCAGUGGAAAUUGGCAAAAAUUGUGGAAGUGUAUCCUGGACAAGAUGGAAGAGUGAGGAAAGUGAAACUACUCAUGAGUGAUUCAACUCUGGAUAGUAGCGGGAAACGCAUCUUGAAACCUGUCUACCUUGAAAGGCCGAUUCAGAAGACAGUGACACUUCUAGAAGCCGAAUGAUAUUGUCCAGCCUCACUCAUUGCCAUUAAAAUGUUUAUUUAAUAUAACUUCAAAUAGUUGUUAUAAAAGUUCAGACCUUUAGUCACGCAAAGUAAUCACAAGUGAUUGGUGGGAGUGUUACAGUCUCUCAUAUUCUCAUUUAUUUUACUUGCACUUGCACCUUUCCGCCAUCUGGUGGUGAUUUGUGAGUAGGAACUUAAUUAGAGAAUAACUGUUCUACUCGAUGCUUUUUGGAUGACGCAAUCAUUAAGCGAGGGAGAAGAAAAGGCGAGCGAGCGGUCGGAUGGUAGCUAACUCCGUGCUGCUCUUUUUUGUUGUUCAAACUCCUAAAAAGACUGCAUUAAGAAGUUUGGAGAAGAACUUUUUAGCUCCUUGUGGAUGUGAGCCCACGAGGUUUGUGCACUUUCUUUAUUUAAUUUGCAAUUAUCUCUGUAUAUAUUCUUAAGUGUAUUUUUCAUUGUGUAUGUGUUUGACCAGUUCUCACGGGUUGCCAAGGCUUUUCAAGAGUUGUCAAGAGCGAAUUAAACCCUGUUUUUUAAUCAAACUUCGUGUCGUGCUCGUUGCAACAUCCGGAGGGAGCUUCAGU